AUGGCGUCCUACGGAAGCGACCCAGAGGACGAGGAGGAGGACUUCAACCCCGCGCCAGAAAUUGAUGAGGAUGACGUCGCUCCGCGCGGUAACGCCUCGCGCAGAGCAGCCGCCGAAGAUGACGAUGAUGAGGGCGAUGGGAUCAAUAUGACAGGCAACGACGACGAAGAUGAAGAGGGUGGUGGCAUAGACGUCGACGAUGAUGACGACGACGACGAGGAUGACGAGGAUGACGAAGAAGACGAGGACGACGAAGAUGUUGUCGCCCGACCUGCUAAACGGAGAAAGAAGGCGAAGCGCAACAUGUUCAUUGAUGUCGAAGCCGAAGUCGACGAGGACGAAGAGGAAGAGGAAGAGGGCGACGACGAAGGUGUCGAUGAAGUGCAUCCCGAUGACCUCCUCGAGCCCACAGGCGCCGACCUCGACGACCGCCACCACCGCGAGCUCGACAUGCGCCGUGAGGUCAACGCUCAAAGGGACGUUGAAGAAAUCGCAAAGGAGUUCGACGAAAAGUACAGGCGAAGGGAAAUGCAGAGUGCCCGUCGUGGUGGUGCAGGCGCUGUACCUUUGGCGCUGCCUACGGUUGACGAUCCGUCCAUUUGGGGUUGCAAGUGCCGUCCUGGAAAAGAACGUGAGAUCAUCAUGGCGAUCCAAAAGCGCCUUGACGACAAGAUUCGCACUGGCCAGCCUGUGCAGGUCUACUCGGCCUUUGAACGGGGUCCUACAGGUCCCCAGUCUGGAUUCCUUUACGUUGAAGCCGACUCGAAGCAGGCUGUGGUAGAGCUUAUUGAGGGUAUUCAGAAUGUCUUCAUGGGCUCUGGCCAGUUCUCAAUCCCCCCGAAGGAGCGUCCGGAUCUUCUCCGAAAGAAGAAGCGUGCGCCAUUGGAAGUCGGGAAGUUCGUGCGCAUGCUACGGCCACCCACAUACAAGGGCGAUCUUGCAAAGGUCGUCGAAGUCUCAACCAACGGCCUUGACUGUGUCGUACAACUCGUCCCACGUCUCGAUUAUGGCCUCAAUGACGACGCAAAUGCUGCUGCAGACAACAAGCGCAAGCGAGGCUUCUUCGGACGACAAACCGAGCGCCCUCCUGCGAAACUGUUCAACGAAGCCGAGGCGAAGAAGCGACACAUGAAGCAUCUCAGCAUGACUGGAUCGGGCAACCAAAGGGCAUACACAUACAAAGGCGAAGACUACCAGAAUGGUUUCCUCAUCAAGGAAGUCAAAGUCAACUGGGUCAGCACCGAGAAAGUCAACCCCAAGAUGGAAGAACUGCAGUUCUUCUCGGUUCAGAACGCUGAUGGCACAGAAACCAUGGAUCUCCUGGCUGUUCAGGCUGCGCAAAAGGCUGCCGACUCCGGAUCUGCUUUUGCUGCCGGCGACAACGUCGAGAUCUACACUGGUGAACAAAAGGGCAUUCGCGGUACGACUGUUACUGUAACAGGUGACAUUGUCACGCUGCGAGUGAGCGAGGGCGACCUGAGGGGCAGAAGGAUUGACGCUCCUGUCAAGACACUGCGCAAACUGUUCCGCGAUGGUGACCACGUCAAGGUCAUUGGUGGAAGUAAAUAUGUCGAUGAGGUCGGUCUCGUCACAAGAAUCAAGGACGACAAGAUUACGCUGCUUUGCGACUCGACGCAGCAGGAAAUCACUGUCUUUAGCAAGGACCUGAAGCGUGCUGCCGACUCGGCAAACGUUGGUGCCGACUCUAACUUUGACCUUUACGACUUUGUACAGAUUGAUGCCUCCACCAUUGGUUGCGUUGUUCGCGUCGACCGCGAAGUUCUGCGAAUCGUCGAUCAACAAGGUGAUGUUCGCACACUCCUCCACACCCAAGUCUCACAGAUUGUUGGCCGAAACAAACAUGCAGUUGCGACCGACCGCGACGGAUCUGAAAUCAGACAUGAGGACGACGUCAAGGAGCAUGGCGGAGAAGGGCGACAAGGAAAGGUUCUAUACAUUCACAGGGGUACACUCUUUGUCCGAAACCGUGAGCUUGUCGAGAACCAGGGUAUCUUUGUGGUCCGCAGCAACAACGUCGUCACCAUGGCGGCAAAGAGCGGUCGUGCUCAAGCGCAAGGUCCUGAUCUCAGCGGUAUCAACCCUGCUCUCAAUGCAGGCGCAAACGGGAACGCGAAUGCCAUGCCGCCACCACGAGCUUCCUUUGGCCGUGACAAGCUGAUUGGCAAGACUGUGACGAUCCGCAAGGGCGCUUACAAGGGUCUUCUCGGAAUUGUCAAGGAUACCAUGAACGAUGAAGCGCGUAUUGAAUUGCAUACCAAGAACAAGCAGGUAUCGGUAAAGAAGGAACUUCUCACAGUCAAGGAUCCCAUUACUGGUGCCAGCAUGGAUAUUGGCGGCAAGUUCCCCAACCGUUCGCGCGGCGGGUACUCCGGUGGACAGUCAAGCUAUGGCGGCGGCGGCGGUGCAUCUGGCGGGCGAACUCCUGGAUGGGGCACCUCUGGCGGUGGUCGUACACCUGGCUGGGGCGGUAGUGGCAGCGGGGGGACUGGUGGUCGCACACCAGGCUGGGGAGGUAGCGGGGGCGCUGGUGGGCGAACUCCUGGAUGGGGUGGAGAUGGCGGACGCACAGCCUAUGGUGGAGGUGAUGGCUCCCGAACUGCCUAUGGUGGUGAUGGCUCCCGAACGGCAUACGGCGGCGCAACUGCAUAUGGCGGUGCGACAUCGUAUGGUGGGGGAACGGCGUAUGGUGGCAACGACGGCAACCGUACAUCAUAUGGUGGUUUCAGUUCAGGAGGGCGAACACCCGCAUGGGGUGGAUCACCUGGCAACGCCGCCUCGAAGCCGGGAGGUCUGUCUGCUCCUACGCCUGGGGCAUACAACGCCCCUACUCCAGGUGCGUAUGCCGCUCCUACGCCUGGUGGAUAUGGUGCAUACUCUGCGCCUACACCGGGCGGCCCACCAAUGGACGCUCCUACGCCGGGCAACUACUCUGCGCCGACGCCAGGAGAUAGCUCUGGUGGCAGAUACGGUGCUGCUACCGCACCGACACCGGGUGGUUGGGAUGUUGCAACGCCAGCACCAAGUGGUGACCCAGGAUAUGAUUAG